AGUGCUCUCAACUCUGAAGAGAAGGAUUGAAAGUGAUAGAGCGUAGGAGCGUGCGAGUGUGAGGUAGAGAAAAAAAGAGUGCAUUUGAGUUUUGAUUCUAUCUAUCAGGCAUUAUAUCAAACACUUACCCGACCGCUUCAUUUGUCAGUAUAUUCUUACAAAAUCCCAGCCACUGCGCCGAAUCUCGUUUAGCCACUCCUAGUUUGUUGCAUUAUAUGGAAACAUGAUAUCACAUUUCAGGAAAUCUAUCUUGACUCGUGUGAAUUUGAGGAGGUCAACCGAAAGAUGGUUUUUGACCAGGGAUGAGGUUGUGCAUAUGCAAUUGAGAUGUUGGUGCUCUUCAACAGCCGUCAGCUCUGAUCAAAUACUGGACCGAGUGAUUGCACUGGCCAAGAAAUAUGAUAAAAUGGAUGGCUCAAAGGUUACUGAAACAGCUGAUUUUCAAAAAGAUUUGAACCUGGACAGUUUGGACAGAGUGGAACUCAUUAUGGCCCUUGAAGAAGAAUUUUCUAUUGAAAUCCCUGAUGAGAAGGCAGAUAAGCUUGUUUGCUGUGCUGAUGUUGCAAAAUACAUAGCAGAGGUCGAUCAGAAAAAUGUGCAAAAGCCCUGACUUCUUAGUUUUGUUUUUCGGAUGUACAUUCCAGUUUUUGUGGCUGUGCUACAUGGAUCUCUCUUAAGUAAGCUUAGUAGCAUUAUGCAUAUUAGGAUAGUUUGCUUGGUUGGGGUAGUUAUUAAUGCAUAUGAACCCCAUGAUGUCCAUGUUGAAUUUUGUUUGUUAAAUGCACUGAUUCACUUACUAAAAUAAUUCUGAAAUCCUAAUCUUACACACGUGGGAUGCAA